UACCUCCCACACUUGAUUAAAACCUCCUUCCACUUAUAUAGUGGCACCCUAAAAAAAGGCUCUAUUCUGAGUCGGAGGGUCUCCGAGUUGCCGUCUUUCUGUUUCGCGCGUUUUAGGUCACGCUUUCGUCAUCAAGUCUCCUCUUCGUCUCCAAAUUCAGCUUUGCAGAUUGAAUUACCUUUUUAAUUAAUGGCGACAUUGGAUUCCGACGUGCCCAUGGUUCCGGCAGGCGAGGGCUCGAGCAGUGCUGGCCCUUCUUCGGUCAAGAAAUCCAAGCGAUUCGAGAUCAAGAAGUGGAAUGCUGUGGCUCUCUGGGCUUGGGAUAUUGUUGUGGAUAACUGUGCUAUAUGCAGAAACCAUAUCAUGGAUCUUUGCAUUGAGUGCCAAGCAAACCAGGCAAGUGCAACAAGCGAGGAGUGUACAGUUGCUUGGGGGGUUUGUAACCAUGCAUUUCACUUUCACUGCAUAAGCAGAUGGCUCAAGACCCGCCAAGUGUGUCCAUUAGAUAACAGCGAGUGGGAGUUUCAGAAGUAUGGUCAUUAGAAGCUUCAAUUGUUGGAUCAGCUGUACACUUGAUGCUAUGCUGAUGUCGAGGCAGCCUUACCCUUCUCUGCCAUUUAUCUACUUAUCUAGUUUCCUUGUUAAAUCAACUGGAACCCUUAUAGUUCUGUAAAGCAUUAGGCUGCUUAGGUGUCUGAUGUGAAUUUCCUACUGCCUAUCCAUUUGCUAUUAACCAUUCUCCAAGUUUGUGGCUC